AUGGCAAGCCCUACGAUACCACAUUUCAUACCACCCUCCAUUCUCAAUUGCACCGAGGACAAGAACAUUCUUUCUGGUAUUGUUUCCCACGGGACGGCACAGCAGCUCUUCUUCCUCUUCUUCCAGGCGAGCGUCCUCCUCUCUGUCGUCCCUGUCUUGCGUUCAAUCCUCAGGUUCUUUUACAUACCGGAGUACUUCGCUGAGAUCACGACGGGAUUAUUACUGGGGCCAUCCGCGCUAGGCAGCAUCCCAUGGCUUAAGGCAUUGCUGUUCUCACCCACAGGAAUCACUGCACUGCAAGGCUUUGCUUGGACAGCUAGGGAGGUUUACGCCUUCAUGGCGGGGCUAGAGAUGGACAUCUCCCUCGUAACGAGCAGCAGCUGGCACGCCCGCUCGCUUGUGCUAGUGGGGUGGUGCAUCGCCUGCGGCAUGAUUCCUUAUGUGACCGACCCCCUUCAGCUUCUUAUCGCCCCCAACUCAACCCUGAGCAGUUUCCGUAGCCUUAUGGUCUUCUUCAUAGCCAACACAGGGUCCACAACGCAGGCACGCCAUGCCACUGAGCUCAAGCUGGCAAUCACCAAGGUGGGGCAACUUGGGGUUUCCACUGCCCUGUUGAACGACGUGGUGUGCCUCACGCUACUCGCUCUUGCAUCACUAGAGCCGGCAGUAGCCAGGUUGCAGGCUCAUGGUUUCUUCAUGGAACCAUUGCUGGCAUUGAGCUAUCCUCUGGUAUGCGCCUACUUGAUGGGGCCUGGCAUUCACUGGAUGGUGGGGCGCAACAGAAAACAGAGAAUCCAUAUAAGCGACACUACGUUGUGCGUGGUGCUAGCAAUGGUCACCUCGCUAGCGCAGCUUGCUGCACUGGUAGGCUACCCCCCAAUGAUGUGCAGUGUGUUGCUCGGGAUGUUCAUCCCCAGGAACACACGAGUGGCUCCGGCGCUCCUUGACCAAUUGUAUUACCCGGUUCGGUCUGUCGCAUUUCCCAUGUAUUGUUUCCUUAUAAGCCUAUUGUUGAAGCCCGACGAAUUGAGGCAGCCGGCUGCAGGCUUGAGCAUGUUGCUCGUCGCGGGCUUGGCUAUUGCAGGGAAGGUCGCAACCUCACUGAGCAUGGGAUUGGUGUUCAAGGCGCCGCUGCAUGAGAGCCUCAUGACAGCCUUCCUCUUGUCCAUCAAAGGCUUCCCGGACCUGCUCCUCAUCAUCAUCUAUGACAGCACCUUGCAUGUUGUCAAUCGUCGGAGCGCGACAAUCCUAACGGUUGCCUCGUUGCUGAGCUCCUUCCUAUCGGCCUUCGCCUUGUUAGCACUGAAGCAGUAUGCCAGGCGUGGGAUCCCCCCUUACAUGCACCCCGGCAUUGAGAGGCAGGGCGUCUUCGCUGAGCUUCGGGUGCUUGCAUGUCUACACAGCACCACCGAUGUGCCCACUGCCAUCAACUACAUCGAGGCAUUCCGUGGCUCGAGCACCUCUGCUCCCCUCGCAGCCUACACCAUGCACCUCAUCGAGUACAACGAUCGAAUUGCCUGCCAGCUCGAGUACCGCCAUGACAACAGCAACACCCCAGUUGGGGCCGACGCGGAGGAGAUAGCGGCUGUGUUGGAGGCCUAUGUGAAGGGUGGGGGGACUCCCCUGAACCACACCACCGCUAUCUCCUUUAUGUUCAACAUGCACCAGGAUGUGUGUACCAGUGCAGAGGAUGUAAAGGCUUCUAUUGUUGUGCUCCCCUUCCACAUGUUUCAAAGGCUCGAUGGAAAAAUGCAGGUUCGAAGUUCCGCGCACAGGGCGUUUAACCGUAGGGUGCUAGAGCAUGCCCCCUGCACGGUGGGGGUGCUGGCAUGUAGGGGGCUCGGCGGCACCACGCUAGCCUCUGCCACAGGCAAGAGGCACCGAGUCACGGGACUCUUCUUCGGUGGACCUGAUGAUCGCGAGGCCCUUGCGCUGGGCGGCAGGAUGGCUGAGCAUCCCAACGUCAGCUUCAGGCUGGUGCGGUUCAUUUGUGGGAGGCUCCAUACCUCACUCACUCUCUCGGAGUGUGGAACGGCGGAUGGGACCGCCCCGCCACACGAGAAGGUGGAGGCACUGGACGAGGAGUUUCUGGAUGACUUUUGCCAGAGGUAUGUAGAGUCGGGCCGUAUGCGGUACGAGGAGAGGAUGGUGAGCUCAGAAGCGGAAACAGUGGACGCCCUACGAGAGUUAGAUGCAUCAUCUGAGUUGUUUCUGGUGGGGCAGGGGACGUCCCGAUUUACAGAAUUGAUGAUAAGUGGGUCGGAGGAGUGCCCGGAGCUCGGGCCCAUUGGGGACUUAUUGUCCUGUUCCGACUAUUCUAUCACGAGCUCGGUUUUGGUGGUAAAGCAACGGCUACCGCUCCCGCCCAAGCAAAAGGGGGGACUAAUUGAGGCGUCCCUCAUGACCAUAGGUUAUGCCUCUCUACCGAAGUCUUAGGGCAAGGGAACGGAUCAAGCGAUACACACAAUAAGUGCUAUAUAAAAAUACAGUUUGUAUACAAUGAAACCAUUUAUA